ACGAUUCAUGAUACAUUUUAGAAUAGUUUGCCCUUCGAAUUGUUCAAAUCCCUUGGUAUUAUUUCGAAUUAAUCCUCUCGACCGAUUUGAUCAUUUACACAAAAGCCCGAGUGUGCAGCACAAACAUCUCGAGGCCAAUCGCGAUGAAUGUAUAAUAUUUCAUAUCAGCGCUCCGUAAUAGCUCCCUGAUUAUCUUGUGCUAAACAGUAGUUAACUUGCAUGUGCGUAUCCACAACGAAUCAUCAAAUUUCAUGACAUUAAAUCAAGCAAAGUACCAUGACACAGUCUACAUAUACUCCCGACGCAGAGUCGAGAUUUUCAAAAGUUCGCGUUUAAUGUCUCGAGAACGACAGCGAGCAUAAAGCAAAAAAAAAAAUACGCAGUGAACGAGAAAAGUGAGAACGUUGAGAGAAAAAAAUAAGAAAAAAGAAAAUGGAGAGGAAAUCAGUUUUAUCGAUUAUCCUCGUUGUUUUUAUUUGUGCCGUGCACACGAGAGCCGACGAAGAUUCUCGUGAAUGGAUACUGUAUCCAACGACCCACGACGACUUCGACAUCAACGCAUUGCUAAGCAGCGAGCAAGACCGUAACAGCUGGUACGACUGUUUCAUGCAUAAAAGUGACUGUCCAUCGGACGCGGCCAAGUUUUUCAAGGAGAGACUGUCCGAAGCCGUCAUGACGUCUUGCAAGUUUUGCACCGAGAAGCAGUUGCAAAUUUUCCAGAAGUUCGUUCUGUGGUAUGCGCAAAACGACCCGACGGCUUACGGCGUGCUAUUGCACCAAAUGAUGGCAGAAGCUGAACAUAAGGGCAUCGAUACGAUCAUGUAGAGAAAUGUUCCUCGGGUCUAAUCGUUCAAAUGAAUUAGACUAAAGUAUUAAUAAUCUUAAAAAUUUUCAUAUCGAUUAUCGAAGUCCUUGAUGCGAUGUAUGAAUACUUUUAAUUUUUUUAUUUAUUUUAUAAAUUAGAAUAUAUUAUAAAUAUCUCAGUCAGUAUAAUCAGUAUAAUCGUAUAAAAAUGCAGGAAGUAAUUGUAUUAGAUAUCAUUCAUCAAAAUUGUACCAUCUUUUUGCUCUUUUUGUACCAUAAGUUUUGCGUUUUUUCAGCCCUUAUUUUCAACAGAUGUAAAUGCGAAAAGUAAAAUGUAAAUAAUUAAUAAGACACGGAUAAAUAAAAGCUCACAACGAUGUAAA